GUUUCCUUUUCUCAGAAUCUCUGAAGCCUCGAGGUUGCUGAAGAAUUUUCUGCUCCUACUUUGAUGCCUGCCUAGCUGUCCAGAGAGAGCAGCUGCUCUCAGCUUCAGCCCUUGUGCAGAUCCUACAAACAGAUUGAGAAGUAUGGCAGUGACAACUUGUUUGACAUGGAUGCAAGAGAAGAUUCUGCAAAAUCAUUUUGGAGGAAAGUUUAACCUUCUCUAUAAAGCUAGUGUCCAUAAAUUUUCCCUUGAACAUUUGCUCCAGGUAUGCAGUAAUCAAGGACCUACUGUGACAGUGAUUUAUAGUAAAGAUCAUGUUACUGGGGCAUUUAUGCAGGAGGGUUACCAGGAAGGAAAGACAAGUUUCAUUACCCUUUUUGCCUUACAAGAGACUAAAAUUCUGGAAUGUAAAAUGAAACUCUGUGUACCAUCUAUGUUGUUUGUUACAUGGACUGGAUGGCACCGGCAAAAGAAAUAUGAAUUUGGCAUUGAUCUAACGGGAAGAAAGUUGCAUAUAAGUGCAAAUACAAGUAAAGAACUUGGAUUACUUCAAUGUGAAAGUAUCUCCUUUGAGGAAUGUGAAGUUUUUCAAUGUGAAGAUAUAUUGAACAAAAGGAAGAUGGAAGAGGUCACUGAGCUCAGGGAGAGUUUAUGGUCUUCCAUGAGAACUUAUAAGCCGUAUGGAGACCUGGUUCACCAAAUACGAAUUCUUUUGUUGGGUCCGAUUGGAGCUGGGAAGUCUAGCUUUGUCAACUCAGUGAAGUCUGUUUUCCAAGGCCGUGUAGUGCACCAGGCUUUGGUGGGCUCUGAUACAACCGGGAUAUCUCAGAAGUACAGGACGUAUUCCAUUAAGGAUGAGAAGGAUGGCAACUCCUUGCCAUUUAUUCUCUGUGAUUCCCUGGGGCUGGGUGAGGGAGAAGAAGGGCUUUGCAUGGAUGACGUACCCCAGAUCUUAAAAGGCCAUGUUUCUGACAGAUACCAGUUUAACCCCAUGAAACCAAUCACACCAGGUCAUGAUAACUAUGUUGACUCCCCAUUGCUGAAAGACAGAAUUCAUUGUGCAGCAUUUGUGUUCAAUGUCAACUGUAUUGAAUACCUCUCUGAUGAGAUGGUGGCAAAGAUCAGAAGAGUUCGAAGGAAGCUGAUAGAGUGUGGUUUGGUACAUUUGGUUUUGCUCACUCAUGUGGAUAGCAUGGAUCUGAUUACAAAAGAUGACCUUAUAGACAUAUACAGAUGUCCGCCUGUGAAGUCCCAGCUGGAGGCCGUUCACAAAGCACUUGGAUUUCCUCUUUCUGACAUUUUGCUGGUUAGUAAUUAUACUUCUGAGUGGGAGCUGGACCCUCUAAAGGACAAUCUGAUCCUCUUUGCACUGAGACAUAUGCUGUGGGCAGCAGAUGACUUCCUGGAGGAUUUGCCUCUUGAAGAAACAAGGGAGAUGCUUUUGGCGGUGUAGAAACUUGAAGGCAUCAGCUCCGUGGCUACUUCCCGCUUGAAUCUAUUGGGUACGUGGCACUUCUCUGUCUCUGUAAGUUGUUGCCGUGUGAAUAGUCCUGCCCUUUAAGCCAAUGGCUGGAUGCAUUUUUUCCCUUGACAUUUCCUGAUUCCUUACCCCUAUGGUAGAUUCUAGGGCAUCUGUACUACUUCUCUUCCCUCUUGACUUGUUUUAAAAUGAAGUUUUUGAAAUGAUCCACUUCUGCCAUUCCCACUGUCUGAACAUCGCAAGCGUAUCCUUGCUCCCUUCCCUCAAAAUGUGCUUCUUUGCUUGGGAUCUAGAACUGGAUUGGAUCAGCAUUUUUCCUGAUCAGAUGUGAUCUUUGAUUAUUUGCCCUUCCUUGGGACCUCAUGCUUUUACCUUUUUUGAUUUGACUGUUUUGACAGCUAUCCCUCCUCAGGCUCCCUCUUAAUGCAGUGUGGGAAGCUCUCAUACUACCAGUUUUGCUUUCCUGAUUCUGCUCUCUUGGUUUCUCCAUUUCUUCUGUUCCUCGUGAUACAUGCACUCCCAAAGUCAGGGCUGGCUCAGAUCUCUGUAGCCCAAUGUUCAUCUUCCCUCUGGUUGCUUAUCCCUAAAUAAUCCAUUAAGAAUAUUUUGUUUAUCUUUUCUCAGAGAUUCCUGAGAAAGGAAUUAUCAAGUGCGCAAAAGAAGAUAAUAAAUAUGUGAACCCUUUGCAUAUUAUUAAUUUUUAUCUCAUCAUAGAAGAGUGAAAUUGAGAAAUAAGGAAACAGGAAAAAGAGAAGUAGCUGAAACUGAAGGGGGAUAUUUUAUUUAUGUCUGCAGUGAAGAUGCACAUACAAAAUUGUAAUACCUAUAAAUAACUAGGAGCAGCAGGAUUUGAAGUCACCUAUUGUGAAAAAACAGUCAUAAUUUCUUUUGGACUUAUGUUUUGUUUCUGUAAAAAAUUAAAAUUUCUUUUCAUAAUA